GGGGAAGGUAAGUAUCACAGCUGGACUGGUUCCAGCAUUUCAGUAGCUGAGAUAAAACACUUCAAGGCUUCAUUUUGUGCACUAAAGGAAAGAAUUUGUCUUUUGGAACAAUUUUUCGAAACAAUUACACUAAACCAUUGAGUCUGCCAGUCUGUCAGUCUGUCUGUCACCAGUAAACACACACAAACACACACACGGGAGCAGCUCAGCCCUCUGGCAGGUCUGUGUCAUCAGAGGCGGUUGAGGGAGGAUGAGUGACGGGCUGUUGUAAUUUGCAUGACUCUGGCGUUUAUAAGAAGCUGCAGGUGCAGGAUUCUCCACACGGUUAAAUGGAUUCCUCUCUGAGCGCAGAGGCUGUGCUCCUGCUAUGUGAGUGAGUCAGCAGCAACCCUUCAGCGCUGCUGUUUACACAGACGGGAUUUAAUGACUGGACCAAAAGUUCUUAAAAUGCUCACCUGGAUCAACGGCAACACACGGACUCCUCGUGUGAGUCUUUGCCCGAGAUAAAAAAACAAAACAAAACGGGAGCAGUGCGUAGAGGAUUCCCUUCAACAUGGAGAUAUUUGUACCUGCUGGCAACUGAACCACAGCUUCUUUUGUAAUGUCAUCACUGAUAUUUGUGCAGCUCCUUCUUUUGGGGUUAAGGGUCAUUGACUUCACCACGGACGCACAAACCUGCUGUACAGACGUGGUUCCUCUGGAUCUUCUGUCUUUUGUCCUUGAGAGGGACGCCUCCAAGCCUGUACCAGGGGCGGACGUAAGGGAGGCCGGGGGGGUGAGGGGCGUUCAGCUGUCCAGCCCUCACACCUUCAUGAGCUUCCCCUCGUCUCAGCUGCUGGUGAACAGCAACCUCUUCCCCAAAGAGUUCUCCAUCGUUGUGACGCUGAAGGUCACUCGCAGUGCACUCAAGCGAAAUGAAUACAUCUUUUCCAUAGUGGAGCCCAAAAGUGUAGAGAGAAGAUCAGCGGGGGAGGAUGAGGACGAUGAAGGAGAUGUCGUUAAAAGGAAGGAAAGGGGGAAGAACGCGAGUCAAAAGAAGAGCAGCGAGGAGCACAGGCGGAUCGUUCUGGGGCUCCGGAUCUCUAGAAAAUGCCUGCACUUCCUCUUUAAGGGCCACGGAGGGGCGAUGGAGCACUGGGCGUUUCGAGGCGCUCGUCUGGCCGACGACCGCUGGCACACUCUGGUUCUGGCCGUGGGUGGUCAACGCGUGAAGCUCACGGUGGACUGCGCCUCGCCCGUGCACGUAGUUCCCUCCAGGCCGUUCCCUCUAGACGUCAACAUUCAGGGUUCAAGAUUCCACAUUGGCAGUCGGGGAAGAUGGAAGGGCUUGUUUUCAGGUUUGCUGCGACAGCUGGUUUUGGUGCCAGGUUCCGAUGCCACGCACCGGCUCUGCCCCUCGUCCAACCCCGAGCUGUCGGACCUGUCGGUGCCGCCGCUGCUCCUGGACCGGCCUGUCCCGGGCAGGGAGGCAGACGGACGCAUGGCGUCACAUGGAGCGGAGCAGCGGGUGUCCGUGGGCCCGGAGCCAUCGUGCUCGGAGGCGCUGAAGGGUCAGCUGUGGUUCAACCCGCUCAGGAAAGGCCUGUACCUCUGCGACGGUGCGGCGUGGAUCACGGUGCUGCAGGAUCACAAACGUCUGGAUUAUGUGUUAGAACACCAAGUUCUCACGACUAGCUCAGAGACGCAUGAUAUAGAGGUGUUCCAGGUGCCUGGCAUGGGUCUGAUGGCUGCCAUGGCUCAUCAAUCCACAGCCUCGGGUUCUGCAGUGUACCAGUGGAGCAGCGCUGGUUUCCAGCUCUUCCAGAAUUUCACCACCCAGAAAGCUCUUGCCUGGAGACACUUCACUGUGGGCAAGAAAAACUUUUUGGUGGUGUCCAACUCUGAGGGAGACAAACAAACUGACAAACAAGCGGAGACGGAGGCGUCUGUGAUUUACAAAUGGAGCAGGAGGAGGAAGCAGUUUGUGCAUUUCCAGUCCCUACGGACGCGCUGUGCACGGGACUGGGAAGCCUUCAAAAUCAACCAGCAGACCUUCCUCGCCGUGGCUAAUCAUAGACAAGGUGACAAUCACACCAUCGAGAGCGUGAUAUACAAGUGGAACCGCUUGACGAAGUCUUUUGAGGUGCACCAGAGGCUGCUGACCUCAGGGGCCUACGACUGGGAGUUCUUCACAGUCGGACCGUACCACUUCCUGGUGGUCGCAAAUGCCUUUGACGGACUCACCACCUUUAUAGACUCUGUCAUCUACGUUUGGGUCAAUGGAAGCUUCAUGGUGUUCCAGACGAUCAAGACGUUCGGCGCGACGGACUGGGAAAUGUUUCGGAUCGGCAACAGGGUCUUCUUAGUCGUUGCCAAUGGAAACAGACUCCAUGGCAACGGGCCCAGCCGAUACGCCAUCAACUCCACCAUCUACGAACUGGACAUGAUUGGACAAGUGUUUGUCCGCUUCCAGGACAUUGUCACCUACAGUGCUGUGGACUGGGAGUUCUUCAGCCUCGGGGAGGAACAUUUUCUGGUUGUUGCUAAUUCCUUUAACGGCGAAUCCUACUCUCUCAACAGCAUUCUCUACAGGUGGCAGGGAUAUGAAGGCUUUGUUCCUGUUCACUGGCUCCCAACUAUUGGGUGCAGCGACUGGGAGUUCUUCAGCUCUAAUGGAGAAUCAUAUUUGAUUUACUCUAGUGCCAAAGUGCCUCUUUCUAAGGUGUUCAAACUAAAAACUUACUAGGCAAAAAUAGUGGGCCUCAUGUAGAGUAUGUUUAAAGUUGUAUACUGCUUUUUUUCUGUUUAGAGUUUUUUCUGUUUAUAUAUAUCAGACACUGCAAACAUUACAUGCUUUGUUUUAUUACUACAUGUCUGCACUGUUCUACAGAUAUUAAUAUAAUUCAUUGCUGCCACUGUUGUUUCUUUCUGUAAAAACAUUUUAAAUUGAAAUUAUAUUAAACAUAUUAUAAUUAAGCUUCGUGUAAAAACAGUAAUUGUCCCAAAUAUAAUUAGACUGGCUGUCAAUUAUUAGCCUCAGACUGCAUGAUUUAUAUAUAAACAAUUGCAGUGAGUUAACUAAAUUAUAAUAAACCAUACUUAAUAUGUUUACAUGGAAGUCUUGAGUUG